AUGUCCAAACAAUUGAGUAAUGCUGAUAUGGGAUGUGUUUUAGAAGAGAAACACGUGGAAGAUGACAUGAUCUUUGAGGGAAGUGGGGACGAUUCUGAGCAAGUCAAUGUUCGUUCUUUUGCAAAUGCAAAAAUUGUUCAAAUUUUGAACACAAAUGAUAAACCACCAACCAGAAGAGAAGAACUAAAAACCUUUAGGCACGGCAAUGAUGCACUACAUCAAGCUGUAAAAAAAGCUAAUUUGUGCCUUCUAGUCAGCCUUCGAAAAAGAAUCGGUACUCACUUCGGGGGAACCAUCAAACCUUCCACCCAGAAAAUCAUGUGCUGA